GUCUGAGCAAGCACCUUCACCUCUAACUCUGGAAAAUGGGCUCCUACCUUUCCAUCGUCAACAACACCGACGACCCGUGGACCUGCAAGAUCGGACCUGAUGAGGCUGCACUUGAGAUCGCUGGCGUUGCCAUCUCUGUCGUGGGAACUCUCGCCAGUGCCCUCGGCACAGGCGGUGUUGCUCCUGUGGCCUCCGCUCUCGCCGCGAAUGGAGUCGUAAAAGUAUUUGGGGUAUCAGCAAAGGCCUUAGCUUCAUCAGCAGAAGCAAUCUCCGAGGCGAUUUCAGCCGCUGGUUCCGUCUCGGAGUUCGGCCUUUCCGUUGCGCAAGGCAUCAACGACCACCUCGUCACGGACGGCUACGUUAGCAUCGCUCCCGGCGAGAAGCACCAAUGGGGCAAGAUGAGCCUCUCGCUCUGGCAGCAAGGAACGUGUGUCCGCACCACCAUCGUCGAUGAAAAGACCGUGAUUACCGACACGCUGUACAUGCGCCCGAUCUUCAGUGGAGCCACCGACAACUCGAACCUCGACCACGAAAUUCAGUUCUGGAUCGACAAGUUUGGCCUCGAGACGGAGACUGUGAGUGGCACGCCGGACCAACAGAGUCGCCACCACCAUCACCACCACCGUCACCACCACAAAGAAGGAGGCCACCACCACAAAGAAGGAGGCCACUACCACAAAGAAGGAGGCCACCACCACCAUCACCACCACAAAGAUGGAGAGCAGCAAGAUGGUCAGGUUGUUUACUUCUACGGCAACGACACCAACACAUACGACCCGAACUUUAACUAUAGCUAG